CACCUAUCCAGUUAGCCCGGAAGCUAAAAACGGAGAUUUUCUGAUUUCUCGUAAACCCUAGGCGGCUCCGACCGCUUCUACAACAGCCAUGGCCGGCGGUAACAAUACAAGCAAGCCGUCUCAGAAGCCUCCUUCUUCUUCCACCGCCCCUUCUAACCGGAAAUCCCGCUGGGAGUCCUCCACCAACAAUCCUCCCUCCGAUCCCAAAUCCGAUUCUAAAUCUUCCAAACCCCAUAAUCCUUCCUCGAAGGUUGCAAUUAGUCCCAAUGCAACUCAUCCCAAGCAUCCCGCCGACAAGGCUGCUAAUCCAACUCCGGCAUCGGCUCCUCUCCAUUCACCUGGAGUUCCUCUUCCCUUUUCCGAUCCCUCGGAUCUUGGCCCACCGCCUCCGCCGUCUUAUGGAUUCCACAUGCUCGAUCGUCGCACGAUUGUUCUUGCUGAUGGAAGCGUACGGUCGUACUUUGCUCUCCCUCUGGACUAUCAAGAUUUUACUCCGCCUGCAAGGCCCAUGGAUCUUGCUGCUCGGUUUUUACCAAUGGGGUCCGGUGGUCCUGGCCGUGAAUAUGGUGGAUUUGACCGUCGGUUCCCCCCCGGUGGCCCUAUGAGUCCAAAUGAAUUUCGGGGUGUUCGGGAAGAACAGUUUGCGCGUUCCAGGCCUCAAGAGCACUGGAACUCUCGAGGGACUGACGAACGUGGUGGUCCUGCAGAAUUUUCGAUGAAGAGGAAAUUCAAUGACGACAAUGAGAAAGACAGGAAGGAUGAGAAAGACGAAAUGUGUAGGCGACAACAGCAAUUCUUGCACAAUGAGAAUGCAAAUGGGUUUCAUACUGGUUCUGGCGAACGGCGGGGUGAUUUUUUGGCGGGAACGAGUGAUCCAUAUGGUCGAACAGAAGAUAUAAGGUUCUCGAAGUACAUGCGAGUUGGUGGUAGUUAUGAAAACGAAGGUUUAAGGCCAGGUAGCGGUCACAAUGUAGCUCCUAAAUAUUUGGAAGUUGACCAGAAUGCAUUGAGAAAGGCAUUCCUUCACUUUGUGAAGACUAUCAAUGAAAACGCAACUCAGAAAAAGAAUUAUUUGGAGGACGGGAAACAUGGGCGUCUUCAAUGUCUUGCUUGUUCAAGGUCCUCUAGAGAUUUUCCAGAUAUGCAUGGCCUUAUUAUGCACACAUACAACUGUGAUAGCGCUGACUUGCUAGUAGAUCAUCUGGGUUUACACAAAGCUCUUUGUGUAUUAAUGGGGUGGAACUACUCAAAGCCUCCUGAUAGUUCAAGAGGGUACCGGUAUCUAUCUGCUGAUGAAGCAGCAGCUAACCAGGAGGAUCUGAUUAUGUGGCCUCCUCUAGUUAUCAUCCAUAAUACAAUUAUUGGAAAGGGUAAAGAUGGGCGCAUGGAGGGUUUGGGAAACAAGGCAAUGGAUAGUAAAAUUAGAGGACAAGCAUACAAUUUUAAAGUAGAGUGCGGAAUCAAUCCUCUGGGCUGUCUCCAGUUACGUUUCUGCACGUACUUAUUGAUUGCAUGUUUAUCAAAAGGGAAGUUGAUUGUGUAGGUGAGUUGCCUUGUUUUUAAAAUAUCUGGCACACUUGGGAGUUGGAGCCGACCGCGGGUGUGCAUGUGAAUCUUGAUGGAGGCUCUAAUCAAUUAAUAAUAAUUGUUAUCGGAUGAAUUAGACUCUCUUGUAUUUAUAACUUGAUUCUAGCUUGAGAAAUAUAUCUUCAACUAGAUGAUUUUUGUUCAUUGGAGUACAAAUCUGUGCAUCUGGUCCAACCAAUCAGGAGUGGAUCCAGAAGGGUGAAAUGCCUAAUUUGGUUGUUUUUUUCUUAUAUAUUAUUGAUGUUUGUACAAUAUAUUUCAACUAGACAAUUGGGCAAUUUAAUCUUGGUUCACAGUAAUCUAAUUGAGUACUUUUUGAAGGUAAAUGUAGCUUAUGCAGCCGAGUGUGGGAUACCAGGGUGGGAUACCAGGAGGCCAACUUUUAGUGACAGUUUUUGUUUGCUUUUCAGUGUCUGUAGUUUCUGUUUGAUAUGAUUUGAAGAAUUUUUUCUUUCAAAAGUAGAAAUAGGAAGGAUAUUAUCUCUGGGGCAGUGAUGUUGAAUGCUGAAAAUUAGUCUUUGGUGUCGGUGGAAGGAGGGAGAUACUUUGAGAGUAGUCUCGGCUAGGAAUCUUAUCCACAAUAUUGUAUGGUUGCGUCCAAGCUGGAUGGUUACAUCAUCCUACAUUUAUAUUUUAACCAGGAAAGCCUCAUUACUAUUAGUAUUAUUUUGAUGUGUUGUAAGCUAUGUUGCAAAAGAUUCUUGCUAUUUCCUUCAUUUUGACAGGUAACCAUGGAGGUAGUGUGGUUUUGGUUCAAACCAUGGAUCCACAUGAGAAAGAGAAUGGAACCCUAGAUUGAAACGGGGUUGAGACAAAAGGGGGAAGUUGAGAAUGGGGAUGGAAGGGAUAGGGAAAGGGGAAGAGGGUGUAAGCUUUACACGUGUGAUGCGCAUGCUUGGAAGACGCUGGAGUUGAUGUAGGGAGGGAGAGGCAGGAAAUGGCACUGUGUAUAAUUGCGUACCUUGUUUUGGCAUCUGUCUGUGCUUUAACUGACUGAACCCAUGUGGUGGUCAGACUAUGUGGGCAUGGCCCAUCCCCCCACCUAUCCCCCAUUCCUUUCCCUCUCUUUUGCUUUGAUUUUCGUGAAAGCACUUUCUUCCCACACCCUAAUCCCUUCAUUCUGUUCUCUACACUACACCUAUGGUAGUUAACAUACACUAACUACUCUACCUACUGUUAUACUCUACAUCCAUGUUCUUGAUCGAGUGAGCUGUGCUCGAAUUGAUUAUA